GGGGCGUUGUGUUACUAUUCUUCCUUCCAUCCCGACGCGGCUCCUUACUACUUAAACCGAGGCGAAUCACCUCUCUCAAAGAAAAUCGAGAAGAAACAAAACUCAUUAGAUACCCAAAGUAGAUACAGUCAAGGAAGCAGGUACUACUUCAAAGAGUGCAUUAUAGAUUAACUUGCUCCUACCUUUGUUAGCUACCAUCUAGGCGCUUAUUCUUUUUGUGAACAUCUAUCUAUAUAUAUUUCUUCCGAGUUCCUCUAUAUUCUACUCUCCAGCUGAACAUCCAGACAUCCGGACAUCCAGACAUCAAGGCAUCCAGACAUCCAGGCAUCCAGAUAUCUAGACAUCUAGACAUCUAGUCAUCCAGUCAUCUAGUCAUCCAGACAUCCAGACAUCCAGACAUCUAGUCAUCCAGUCAUCUAGACAUCUCUUUAAACCCGCUCACCGUAUCCGCAAUGGGGAACCAAAGUAUUCAUCUCGCCAAGGUCUGCGAGGCAUGGGACCACCUACAAGAGCGCAUCAAGGCUGGCAGUUAUGUCCUAGAUGGCCAGAAUCUCCACAUCUCGGAUGUUGUCGCUACGGCCCUACACGGGUGUAUACCCGAGAUCACUGAAGACCCGGAUAUCGUCAAGAGUAUCCAAGACAGCGUGGAUGUCUUAUACCACUACCUUUCAAAGGGGUGGCAUGUUUACGGCGUCAAUACGGGAUUCGGAGGUAGCGCGGAUAGCCGUACUGACCAAAUUAUAGCAUUGCAAUCAUCUCUGAUGCAGCUUACCCAGUCUGGUAUUAUGUCAAGAUCUACCGAUGGCUCUGUCCCAGGCUACUCUAUGCCCACGUCAUGGGUCCGCGGAGCCAUCGCCGUCAGAUGUAACAGUAACCUCAGGGGUCACUCUGCGGUGACGCUCCCGGUCCUCAAGUCCAUAGUAGCCUUGGUCAAACAUGGCUUGAAUCCUAUGAUACCGUUACGCGGUUCUGUUUCGAGCUCUGGCGACCUAAUGCCCCUAUCCUACAUCGCUGGCACUAUAGAGGGAAACCCAGGCAUCCUUGUUGAAAGGAACGGCAAGGUUAUUCCCGCACAGCAAGCGUUGAAGGAGGCUGGAUUACAGCCAAUAAAGCUCGGCCCGAAGGAGGGUCUUGGCUUAGUUAACGGAACAUCGUCAUCAGCAGCGCUUGCCGCCAUGGUUAUUACAGACGCACAUCGUCUGGCAUUGCUUACACAGGCACUUACUGGCAUGGCGGUAGAGGCACUGAAUGGGAGCAGAGAGAGCUUCAACCAAUUUAUUGCUCAGGCGCGGCCGCAUGCGGGCCAAAUCGAAGUUGCCCGCAACAUUUACUAUUUCAUGAGCGGUUCGGCCCUUGCGCGAGAUGUUCUCCGACCGAAGGACCGCGGUUCUGAGGAUAUGGCACAGGAUCGGUAUUCCGUACGAAGUGCUCCGCAAUGGAUCGGCCCACAGGUAGAAGACUUGCUUCUUGCAGAUCAGCAGAUCAGCGUUGAGCUCAAUUCUACUUGUGACAACCCACUGGUCGACGUGUCGAAUGGCGAUGUUCACUAUGGCGCCAACUUCCAAGCAGCAUCCGUUACGUCGGCUAUGGAAAAAGUGCGGCUGUCACUGCAAAUGUUUGGCAGGAUGCUCUUCUCGCAACUGACCGAGCUGGUAGAUCCGGCGCUUAGCGGAGGUCUCCCAGCCAACCUCGCCUCGGAUAACCCUAGCUUGUCGUUUACUAUGAAGGGGGUCGAGAUUAAUAUGGCGUCCUACAUGGCUGAGCUGGCUUACUUCGCUACCCCAAUGAGCCCUUUCGUCCAGGCGGCCGAGAUGCAUAAUCAGUCUGUAAACUCGAUGGCACUGGCAUCGGCACGCAUGAGCGCACAAGCUACAGAAAUCUUAACACUGAUGACCGCGGCUCAUUUGUAUGCUAGCUGCCAGGCCGUAGACCUGAGAGCGCUACACAAUCUAUUUGUGCAGAAGGCUACCGAGACACUCGCGUCUGUCACCACUGAAUUUUUUUCUGGUAGCCUAUCGGCCGAUGAGCUGGAAGUUCUACAAAAAGCACUAGCGGCUCAUGUAUACCCUUCCUGGUCGUCUUCGGGCAAAAAAGAUCUCCCCGAUCGUUGCAACUCUCUUGUGAGCACAGCUGUGCCCAUCGUUGUCCAACACAUCAAGGGGUCCGUUACAGAUGUAACUCAAUGGAAAGAGCAGGCUGCUAAGGCCAUCUAUGCCGUAUGGGAAAAGACCUCUGAGGCUUUCCGUGCUGAACCGCACACUCCUGAAGUCCUCGGGAAGGGCGCAAAGGUUUUAUACCAAUACGUCCGUCAGACGCUCGGUGUGCCUUUCCACCAGGGCUUUGCUGAGCACCCCACCAUCGAGGCCGACGAGCUAGACGGACGACCUAAGAAGACCGUUGGAGGAUGGAUCUCCAUUGUCCAUGAUGCUAUUAAGGAUGGCUCUCUGUACGAACCUCUGAUAGAACUGGCUGCGAAAGGCCUAGUGAACGAGACUGAUGGUCACGUAAACGGGCACACUAACGGUACCAACGGGAAGAUCUGAAGCAAAACUUGAGCAAAUAGCUGUCCUGUCCUGUCUCGCACAGUUACUAAUUCGCUUGAGGAGUUGAUAACCACAUUGCUUUAGCAACUUCAGAAAUAUAAACGGCAGGACGCGAUGGCUUGGUGUGGGCAAAAAAUUGUGUUAUUUUCGAUGUAUUACGUCUAAAUAGCUUCUUUCCUUGCUAGGGAUCUCGCUAAGUCUAUAAAAAUAUCGUCAUAGAAUUUAGUUUAUAGAGUUGUUAUAUACUAUUCAACCGUGUUGGUCAUACUAUUCUCCCUUCCCUUUUUGCGUCUUUUCGUGAGUAGCAUUAUGAGACCUAUCUUGGAUGGAAUAGUGUGGCCGGCCUUGGGAGGAAAUAAUGGAGACGGGUUAUUUCUUGAUUCCCAAAGUAGGUGAUCAGAAGCUCGUGUCUUGCUACUGGAUUGAAUGAGGCAAGUGUGCGAUAUAAUGUCAGAAUGCGUAAUUAAUCCUUAUCCU